AUGGCCUCUGGUUAUCCUCUAGGUAAACAACCUUCAUCAUCAUCACCAGCAACAUCAGUGAAUAUAAAUGCAGCACGAAUUCUACCGCAUGAUGAAGAUACAAAUGAUAGAGUGAUGUUACCAUCAUUGUCCCAUCAGCAAAACAUUACACUUCCUAGCAUUCAUGAAUUGUUGAGUCAACAACAAGAUGGUGAAGACAGUGAAAUGAACAUAAUUGAUACAUGUGGUAGCAUGCAUCAACCUCUCAACUCUGAUCCUCUACUGAAUCCUCUUCACAUGUCACCACUGAAACCAUCCCAAAUGCUACUGGCAAAUCCCUCAAUAAGUUCAUCUCCAUUUAUUCGUGCAUCGCCGUCUAGUAGUAGUAGUUUAUCAACAUACAGAUUUGAUGAAAGACCGCAGCUGUAUGCACACGAACCAAACAUUUUGUCAUCAUAUGACUCUUCCAAUCCUUCACAAUAUAUUUCCCGUCCCUUACCGUCUCUAACUGUGCCUUCCCUUCAAAAAACACCAUCCCCACCACUGUCAAGAAAUUCUCCUUCUUUGGUAACUAAGUACAACGAUCACAAUAAUGACUUUUCUGGGCAACAAGAGCAACUUCCAAUGUCAAGACAUAAUCAGAAUUUCCAAAUGGACCAUAACCAAAAGCUGAUACUUGGCAAUUCGAGUAGUUAUACUUCCCAUGACAUCUAUCAACAGCAGUCACCCUCGCCAUUUAAACAACAACAAAUUAAUUUAAAUGAAAUGAGUGUGAUGGAUGAAACGGGAAAAAUCGUAAACGAAAGAGGCAUGAAAACCUUCCGAAAACAACAACGAAAGACAAAAGCAAAACUGGAAAAUCAAGAGUCUAAAUCAUCGACUCUUAAUUUUGUGAACAACUUUGUGUCAAGCACGCCCGUUGACAGCAUGACCAUGACAUUGGGUGACAUUCAGGACUCGUCUCAAUCGGUUCAGUUUUCAAUGCAUUCUCCUCGUUCAUCCAAGCCAAAAAGAGGCACUAAGAAAGCGACAUCUGACAAUGCAUCAAGCCAUACAGCAUCAUCCUCAGACGAGGCCACUCAAAAAACAUCCAACGACGCAACACGUUCUCAACCAGCAGCCAUCGAUGGCUUGUUUAUGGAAUUUGUGGGUGUGCAGAAUCCUAAAAAAAGAAAAGAAUAUCGAGACAUCAUAACUUAUAAGGAUGAAUUCUUUACAGACUCAUACAAAAACACCGCAACACAGAAACGUUUAAGGGAAUCCAGUUCGAAAUAUCGAUCAAAGCAACCUCUGAAUACAGACAAAUCAAACAAACACGCCAAUAAAGAGAAGGAAUGA